UUUCAAACGGUCGAAAAACCGUUUUAAACCUUUGUUACCUGAGUAUCAUUGCGACAUACAUCUUCCUAGUUUUAGGUUUUUUGUAUUCUACCAAAAUAAGUGCGAGUGAUAGAGGUUGCAAAAUAAAAUUUUAUGAAUUUUUUCUUCUGAUAUAAAAAGAAGCAUGGCGAGGAGGCCCUCCAAAUAUAAAGGUUACCUAUUUGAAACUGAUACUGAUGUACCAAGGACUACACAGUUUAAAAGGAAACAUCUAAACGCAGAUGUUGAAGAAAUACCUGAUGAACCUAAUGAAGAGAUCAUCAAUCCUCAAAAACACACAACAUUCAGCGUAAAGGGUUUUCAAGAAGACUUAAAUGAAGAAUGUGCAGCUAUUCCAAUGGAAAUAGAGAAGCUGGAUGAUUUGCCUCAUCAAGAAAUAGUACAUGUGGAGAAUGAGUUUCAACAGGCAUUGUUGGAAAGUCAGGAAGAUUAUCAACAUUUAACGACAGAAACUUAUUAUGAUGCAUUCUCUGAAUACGUGGACAAUGAAGAGGAACAUUUAAAUAUUAGCAGAAUUUCCUUUGAGAAUAGUAAUAUUCAGUUACAAGAGAUGGAAGAGUUUUUAUACAACUCGGAAUACUUUGAUGACGCAGCAGCAUGUAUGGAAGCAUCAGGUGAAGAAGCAUCACAUUUUCAAAAACUACAAAAUGUCAUAAAUAAUGAAGAUUUUUAUCAAGUGUUAAGUACAGCAGUAAACAAAACAAAAGGAGAAUUACUAAUGAUGAUUUUGAAAUUUUGUAUCAUCUUCUCACUUUCACAAACUGCUGUGGUCAGUUUAUUUCAACUGAUUAAUUCCUUAUUUGAGUUUCCAAUUUUACCUGCUACUCGUUACCUAAUAGACACUUUAUUCAAUCCAUCAAAAAACGCCACUUUCCAUGGUAUGUGUCCAAAUUGUGGCAUUUAUCUUGGAACAUUUGAACGUAACCAAAAAUGUCUGAAGUGUAACUUAUGUAACGAUAACAUUGAUGUAAAAAAUUCAUCUUAUGAUGAUUUUUUUGUGUACUUUGAUGUUUCUUUGCAAAUUUCUGAGUUGAUUUCACAAAAUAGCGAUUACUAUAAUCAUAUCAUGAAUGAUAGAGUUCACAAUCCAAAUAUCAUGGAAGAUAUUUACGAUGGUCGGCUAUAUCAAAAGUUUUUGAAUGGUCUAUCGCCUUCCGACAGACAUCAGUAUUGUACUUUGGUUUUUAACACAGAUGGUGCUCCUCUUUAUGAAAGUUCGACGUAUUCUAUUUGGCCCAUCUUUCUACAAGUCAAUGAAGUACCACUUCAAAUUAGGACAACGGAAUUAAUCGUUGCCGGAUUAUGGUUUGGGAAAUCGAAACCAGAUAUGAAUGUGUUUCUCGAUCCGUUUGUAAAAAACAUGAACAAACUUUCACAAGAAGGAAUACCUUGCAACAUAAAUAAUAAAAAACUCAUGAUAAAAGUUUUUCCAAUUGUCUGUUGCUAG